GAAGCUCCUUCCUAUUCGCAUCUCAAUCAAUUAUCGCACUCGAUUCAGCCAGUUACGCGCUAACAUAACCUCAAUCCACUCAUCAUGAAGCACACCAUCGAACAAUUCGCCGAAACCGAAUUAUCCGAACAAAUUCUAAAGAUUGCCAAACGCGAAUUGCGCGAAGAUAAGUGUACGCGGGAGCAGAGUCUGGAACAAUUGCGCAACUGGAUAUUGAAACAUGAGGAUAUGCGCGAUGUGCGGCUGGACGAACAGUUCCUUUUGCGCUUCCUGCGUUGCAAAAAGUACAGUGUGCCCAUGGCACAACAAACUCUACUCAAGUACUUGAAUGUGCGCCGCACUUUUCCACACAUGAGCACACAGCUGGACUUUCUGGAACCCAAGUUGAACGACAUUAUCAGCAGUGGCUACAUUUUCGCCUCACCGCAGCGCGACAAGAACGGACGUCGUGUGGUGGUGAUCAAUGCCAAAGGCUUCAAUCCAAAGUUAUACAACAGCAGCGAUCAGGCGCGUGCACAUUUCCUCACCUACGAGUGCCUCAUGGAAGAUCAAGCCACACAAAUCUGUGGACUCAUACACGUGGGCGACUUUGCCGGUGUCACCACGACGCAUGUGACCAAUUGGAAUCCAACCGAAUUUGCACGAGUUUUUCGUUGGAGCGAACAAUCGCUGCCGCUGCGACACAAAGAGAUACAUUUGGUGAAUGUGCCGGCGACGCUCAAGUGGCUAAUCGAUUUCGUGAAGGGACGCGUGAGUACGAAGAUGCGCGAUCGGUUGGUGCUCUACACACAGGACAAAGAACUGGCGAAGCAUGUCGAUCCGACUUGCCUGCCACAAGAACUGGGCGGUCAUAUGCCUAUGAAAGCGAUGGUGGAGUUGUGGAAAGAGGAGCUGGUGGCCAGACGUGAGGCCAUAAUCAGCUUGGAUAAGAGCGCGCUGCUCAGCGAUCGUGGAAUUUUGCGGAAAAGUAGCUUCAAUGCUGAGAAAAGUACUAAUGGUUUGAAUUUCGCCUCACAGAUCGAGUCGAUUGAGGGGAGUUUUCGCAAACUGGAAUUCGAUUAGACUAAAAGCAGCGAAGUUUUACUGGAGAAGAGAAACAAAAAAAUAAAAUAAAAAAAUAAAAAAAACGAGCCAAGCUCGCCGGUGCUGUGUUGAUGUGCGUGUUGUGUUAAUUUACAUUACUUAAAGUUAGUUUAAUAUUUCGUAAAGGAAAUAAUUACAAUUACAAUUGUUUAGCUUGCAGUAAGCAGUAAGUUGCAUUAUGGUUUGCAUUGCGUCAUUUAGCAUAUGAGUUGAGGGCUUUGUUUAGUAUUACGUAUAGCAAGUUAACAUAUGCAACAAAAAGUUAUUUGUCUCUAUGUACAGAUACAUACAUAUAUAUUUAUACAAUUAUACUACUAGCUUAACAUGCAUACGAAUAUGCACUUAUACAUACAAUAUGUAACUAUACGAUUCAAUGCUUUAUCGUUGCAACUGCGCAAUAUUUGAAUAAAU